AACCAUAAAUACCUCUUAAAAUUAAUAAAAUUGUAAAUUUUCCAAGCAAUUUUUAAAUUUUCGAAAAAGUUUAGCACGCAAGCUAAUAAUGGCAGACAACAAAUCCUUAUGGCAACAGCUGAGGAAUCAUACAAAAUGGACACAUAAAAUUACAUAGAGAACAAUACCAAAGAUUAUAUAUUUAUAUAUUUAUAAGUGUGUGAAUAUCGAAUAGUGUCUAAUAACUAGCCACCGAAAGUACGUACAAUAAGAUCCUUGUGCGAAACUUACUUUGUAUGCAAAAGCGAUAGCAUUACCAACUUUCCGUUGUGCACCAGUUAUUAUCAGAUUUAAAAGUAAAUAACUGCACAAGAUUUCACAAGCUUCUCCAUUGUUGAACUUAAAGUUGCAGUCUGUUGCUCAGCUGGUUGAACACGUGACACAGCGACGCGCAGGUGAGCCAAUUGUUUCGGAUUCCGAGCUAUACGCCGAUUAUGUCUUGCAAUUUUAUGGGUGCUACAAAGAGAUGAAUGCACAACUAGAGCAACAACAACACAAUACGGCACACGCAAGUCUUGUAACUGAGACUAUAGCCGCCAUUAUGGCGCCCAUUCUGGAUAGAGGCAAUGCAACUGCACGUUAUGCCACCGAUGGUACAGCCACAACAACCACAGUUCCUACCAUUUGGGGCAGUGAUGGUGGCGGUGGUGGUGGCGGCAGUGGCAGUGGCAGUGGAAGCGGUGCUUAUAAUGGCCUUGGCAUGGCAAUGAUAGCCACAGUCGACAAUACCGAUGAUUCCAAUGACACCCAGUUAUACGAUCACAAUUCGAGCUAUUAUUAUGAUUAUCCGCCUCCAUGUCAAUCAAUGGAUUUCAAUACAAAUGUGACAUAUUGGAAUGUGACUUGUGAUAACCCCUUGGAGUAUGGUAUGCCUUUAUAUGGUUAUUGUAUGCCUUUUCUAUUGGUUAUUACCGUUGCUGCGAAUUCUUUGAUAGUGGUGGUAUUGAGCAAAAAACACUUGGCUACGCCGACAAAUUACGUAUUAAUGGCCAUGGCAAUAUGCGAUAUGCUGACGGUGAUGUUUCCGGCGCCAGGACUAUGGUACAUGUACACAUUCGGCAAUCAUUACAAGCCACUGCAUCCGGUGUCGAUGUGUUUGGCAUAUACCAUAUUUAACGAGAUUAUGCCAGCUGUAUGUCACACGGCGUCCAUUUGGCUGACCUUGGCGUUGGCUGUGCAAAGAUACAUCUAUGUUUGCCACGCUCCCAUGGCGCGCACCUGGUGCACAAUGCCGCGUGUCAAGCGCUCAACGAUGUACAUCGCUUUGGUCGCCUUUAUGCAUCAGUUAUCCCGCUUCUUUGAUCGCGCCUAUUUCCCGGUACACAUCGAAUGGAAUGGCCACACAACGGAGGUGUGCCAUGUGGAAACUUCGGAUUGGGUACAUAGAUAUUUGAGCGAAGAUUUAUAUUUCUCGAUGUAUUUCCUAUUCCGUGUGAUUUUCGUGCAUGCCGUACCGUGCAUUUUACUCGUCACUCUAAAUGUACUACUCUGGUUGGCAAUGAAACAGGCAAGGGAUCGACGUAAGGCGCUCUUUCGCGAUAAUUAUAAAACUGAAAGCAGAAAAGUACGUGACAGCAAUUGCACUACUUACAUGUUGAUUACGGUGGUAUCUGUGUUUCUGGCUGUUGAAAUACCUAUCGCUAUAGUGACAUCAUUGCAUAUCGCCUCCUCGUUAAUUGGCGAAUUUCUUGACUAUCGCAUAGCAAAUAUCUGGAUAAUGUUUACGAAUUUCUUUUUGGUGGUUAGCUAUCCGAUCAAUUUUGGCAUCUACUGUGGCAUGUCGCGACAGUUUCGUGAAACAUUCAAAGAUAUAUUUAUACCACGGUUUCUUAUCAAAAAGGAUACUUCCUCCAAGUAUUCAAUGGUUAAUGGACCACGUUCAUGCACCAGCACCAAUGAGACUGUCCUCUAGUAAAUGGUAAUGUGGGUACCGUUUCGUGGUGCUGGCGCAGGCGGUAAGAAGUGGCGAAACGGUGCUAUGGCAACAAAGGUGGCGCGACAAUCGCGACGAAAAAGCGAAUAUAAAACGAAUGUUGAUAUUAUAGCGGAGGAGUCGAUAGUGGUGAUGGCCGCAGUGGAGGAGGGCAAGAACGAAGUUAGAGUGUUGAAUGAAGAGAGCGAGAGUGGGAAAGGUUUAGUGUAAGUGAGGGUAGAGUAGUUUUCGGGAGUAUGUAAAGUUAUUGAGAGUAUAUUAUAUAAUAUUAUAAUUUUGACUACACGCAAUUUGAAGUUACACAUUGGGUGUUUAAAUUAAGCUUACAAAUUUUUAAACUAUUUUUAUUCUUUAAUUUUUUAUUUAUUUAUAAAUUUGUGUAAUGUUAUCAAUGAAACUACGUAUGUGCCAUCGAAAGUUAAAACGUUGAACUAUGUUGCUAGCAAUUUGCUUAAUUUUGUAGAGAUGAUUUUGGAUUUUGCCUAAAAUAAGCAGGAUAGGCAUAACUCGCAUUACCAACUAUUUGGCAAAUUUGAUUUAAAUAAACUUUCGUAAUAUUUUUAAUAGCACUGUACGGCUGCCGGCUGGGGAAUUGAUGAACCUAAGCUUUUCUGAAAGCCUGGGGGGUAUGUAGGAAAUAAAUUUCUCAGCAUUCGCGGUAUGGCGAUUCUAAGCGCUUCUUUUUCUAUUUGAAGUUGCUGGUAAAAUUUAUUCAAAUACAAAUAUUAUUACUUAAAAUGGUUUUUCUACGAGUUCUCGAGUAUGAGGAAUCUGAAGGAGGAAUUUACUAUUACCAGAAAUGGUUGAUAGAGUGCGCUUUGGUACAAGAAAACAAGAAAAGUUCCAUAUUUUAGCCUUUUUUCCACAAGAAGGCCAUAAAACCAUAACGCAAAGACCUCCAUACCUCAAGGAGAACUUGAUUUCAUCAAUUCUCAAGAAAAACCGAAAAUGUUCUACAGUAUAUUUAUUAUGCUCAAUAUUUUAAAUAGCUUAGAUUUGCAUUUAGUCACCGCCUAUGGCAAUAAUGACCUUACGAAAUCGAGUCACACUUUUCGUUAAUUUCUGCGCGUUUUCAUGUGGAAAUUUCCUCCAACCUCUUAGUCCUGUAAUGGCCCUAAAACAUUUGCUAACUCCAGUCCACAAAAAAUAAUCAUAACCCGAUCAAAUCAGGGUCCCUACUUUUUACCUUCGUUUAUAUUUUUGUAUAAUUUUUUAGGAACUCUCAAAGAUUUUGUAAAUAGACAUUUUUCAUUUAAUUCAAUUUCCUUUUUCCACUGAACUGAAUUACCAUAACAACUCGCCAAACUUGCUGAUGCCAUAUUUUAAAGCUUAAGUAGAAACCCUUGUGUCAUAGUCGAAUAUCCUUGUCACAGUGAAUAUCAUGCACUGGCUGCAUACAUAAUUAAUUUUUAAUUCGAUAUUCUUGUAGAAAAUUCACUUUUCAAAUACUGAAAAAAUCCAUUGUAAAAAAAAAAAUUGUUUAUGCUCCUGCGAUGAUUUUUGAUACAAACUUUCAUUUUCUAAAAAAAUAUUUCCUCGCACUUUAGCCAAAUACUAUAUUCUGUGCUUUUAAUCUAAGUGGCAUCUCCUAACGCAGAUUUGUUCUAAAUUUAGUGUGGUUGGGCAGAGAGCAGAUAAACGAAAG